UAAAUAGCAAAAGUGCAUUUACGUUUCAAACAGUUACUUCACGUUCAUUCGCUAUAGCGUAACCAAGUCAGACAAGUAACUGGUAUUAGGUGCUUUUGUAGAUUUGCACGUGUGAUCUAACAUAAUAUUUUAAUUUAUAAAUAAUAACAUGUGGAAAUUCGUAACACGGGGUAUUCGUGAAACGUUGGAGAAACGAGUAUGCCGUACCAAUAUUUAUUCCCAAAGUUCACAAGAAAAUAAUACUCCGAAGGAAAUUAAAAAAACAUCAUUAGCAUGUAAUCAAAAAUUUGUCAGAGACAAUUAUUCCGCGUUUAGUAAUGAAUUUUGUGGAUCCGCAAAAUCCAAAGGUACUAAAGAUAACAAUGAAGGUACUAAAUGGAAUACUAAACAUGGUUGGAUUGAUGCAGUUAGCUGGUCUAGCGCAUUAGCAGUUGGUUGGGUAGUAGGCCAAUCUUUGUGUUUUCGUAGAAGAUUCUUUAAUAAAGAUAAAUAUGAAUUAUUCAACUUUGAAAUCUCAGGAUCAUCUCAGCAUCAUUUAUCCUAUCUUCUCAAUGGAAUAUUAAAUUUACAUCCACGAAAUAUACUACCUGUUACUAAUUGCAUAGAUAAUCCUAAUAAUUAUAUUAGUAAAGAAAACACUAAGGAAAAAAAAAAUAAUAACAAAUAUGCUAAACCUAUUGGACCUAUUACAGCCGAAGAGGCCUUCAAUGAAGCCGCGGAUGAACUCAAUAAAGUUAAUAAUUUACUUAUGGGAGAAUUCGAAUUGAAUUACGGUAUAAAAGCACUAGAUGAAAAGCGUUACAACGAUGCAGUGAAUCAUUUUUCUGCCGGGGCUAAAUUGUCAUCCCCUGCAAGUAUGUUUAAUCUUGGCCUAUGCCAUGAAUUAGGACUCGGAACGUUAGUAGAUGAUGCGAAGGCUGCAAGCUAUUACGAUCGUGCAGCGAAACACGGUCACGCGGAUGCAAUGUACAAUUUGGGAGUUUUUCAUGCCCAAGGAAAAGGUGGUCUUGUUUUAGAUCUGGACCGAGCACGUUUAUAUUUUACCAAAGCUGCUAAAUUAGGUCAGAUUCAAGCACAAAAAGCACUCGAAUUAGAAAACAUUGCAGAGCAAUCAUUAAAUAGUAGCGAUAACAUUUCAAUCGCUUCAAGUAACGAUAAUUAUUCGUUAAAAGUCGAUUAUUUUGAUCAUGAAAAAUCUACUGACGAAUUAUAUACAAAACUAAAAUAUAACGAACAAUUGCAUAAUGAGUAUAAUUUAAAAACGUGUGAGUAUCAAAACGUACAGAAAAUUCAAAAUGAUACAGAACUAUUGUUAAGUUAUUUAGGAUUAACAGAUCCGAAUCUAAUGCCAGUUACAAAUCAUUUGGACGAUUGUAGAGUACAGUGUUAAAUAUUUACAGAAUUAUAAGAAAUAAAGUAUUUAAGUAUAAUGCGAUAUAAUCGUAUAGUAUUACGAAAUUUAUAUUAAAGAGAAAAAUAAGUUAGAGAUAUUUUUCAUACAUUAUCUUAAGAUGUUUUCUUUCAUAUUUCAUAAAUAUUUCAUUGUUUUAUCAUCGAUGGUAAUCGUAGCUCACCGAAGUGUUGUUAGAAUUUUAUGUAUUCCGUAGAAGGUUACAUAAAAUGUUUUUUUAACUUGUGUAUAAAUUUUUUAAGAUAUAAUUUAAUCUCUUAUUAAGUAAGUGUGUGAUUUGCAUGUAAAUAUUUAAAAAUAUAUUGACAUUGCUGUGUUUUAUGGUGGAUAACAUAAAAUUUCAAUGAGAGAGAAAAAGAAAAAAAAAGUACUGUAAAUUAAUUUUAAAAGUACUGUAUAUUCAA